AUGGUGGUCGGCAAGGAGUUCUCUGCCUCCCUGGCCACCAGCACGGCGCGGGGGUUGCACUGGACCCUGGCCAUCUCCAUGCUGCGUACGUUACAGCUGCAUCAGCUCACACCCGGUUCCGGCAGCCUGGCUUCCGCGGGCAGCGCCUGCGACCGAGGCCUGCAGUGGGCGCAGACCUUGGCGUUGCUGCGCGGCGCUCGCGGCAAAGGCGUCCAGCCAAGCCUCAUGCUCUACGGAACUACGGUCAGUGUGCCGAGCUCGGCCUCGCAAAACACGAGGUUUUAA